AUGGAACACAUCCUUAAUUUGAUGGAAGACCAGUCUUUGAACGUGUUUCUACGACAGUCUAUUCCGUGGCUGCAAUGGAACAUAUGGAAGAACCGGAAUGCAACUCUUUUCUCACGGAGUGUUGAAGCUGCUUUCGUUGUUUGUCAACGCUCGUCAGAAGAAGCCAUACUCUGGCAUUCAGUUAACAACCCUAAUCACGGAAAGGAUGGCAAUACAGCUAGAAACAGCAACGCGACCGACAGAUGGCACCCUCCUCUGACUGGUCUCAUCAAAUGCAAUAUUAAUGCAAACUGGCGUAACUCUCUCUUACACAGUGGAGGGGCAUGGAUCGCAAGGAACCACACAGGAAGUGUUCUCUUUCAUGCUCGGGAAGCGUUUACCCCUUCUCCUAAUCGACUCAUUGCCGAGUUUAGGGUCAUAAUUUGGGCUCUUCAGAGCGCAAAGGAUCUUCAUUUCACGGACAUCAUCAUAGCAUCGGAUCUGAUAGGAGCUGUGGAGGCUAUCCAAAAACCAUCAGUGUGGCCAAAGUUCAGAGUUUAUAGCGACCACAUCAAUGUUCUCAAAUCUCAAUUCAACCGAUGUGAGUUUGAAAUAGAGGCGCCGGUAUCGAACUCAGUAACUCGAGCAAUCGCCAAGAGUGUUACAAAAGAUGGCCGAUAUCACUCCUACCUCGCCAUGGGAGGACCCUCGUGGUUACAGGACCAGCUGAAUCAGGAGGCUCGUUAUAACGUCUAG